GCUCAAUUCUACCUUUUGAAUUUUUUUCCUCUAAAAAAAUAUAAUCUGUUACACUGACCACAUGGGCCCACAGUUCCUCUGAGUCUUUGGCCACAAGCCCACAAAUCAGCUUUAAAUACCCUUUGAUUUUUUCCCUCUUAAAAAACUAAUAAUUUGUUACACUGACCACAUGGGCCCACCGUUCAUGGUCAUAGGCCACCUGUUGCCUUCACACGUAUAAACCCCUCCUCGCCGCGCCACGGCUUCCCCUCUACGCCAUUGGAGCUGAGUAGCAGAGCUCGCUGCUCGCCUCGCCAACCGGCCAAUGUGACUUGCUUCGGAAGGUGCACGAUGGUGGCGAGGUGCGCGCACGCCGACGUCGGCGGCGGGUUCCGGCUGUGGCCGAUCUUCUCGGCCGCCGCGCUGCGGAGGAAGCUUCUUGAGGUCCUGACGUGCGGCGGCGGCGGCGGCGGCGGCGGCGGCGCUGGAGGGGGUUCUUGCCGGAGCAAGAACGGGUACCGGUCGCCGCAGCCGAGGCCGAGGCCGAGGUCCGACCGGCUGGCGGAGCUGCUCCGGGCGGAGCCGUCGGAGUGCGGCGACGAGGCGGAUGAUGCCGACGCGGCCGUCAAGAAGGUGGAGGCGCUGGAGAAGCUGAAGGUUGUGGUCGGAGCGCUUCAGGCCUGCGACGGGGACAAUGCCGGCAUCGGCGGCGGCGGCGACAUGUGCCGCGUCGAGGCCGCCACGGUUGUGCGGAGGAAGGCGAAGGACGACGCCGGCGCGAGGGAGAUGCUCGCGAUGCUCGGCGCCAUCCCGCCGCUCGUCGCGAUGCUCGACGAGAGCGACGGCGGCGGCGGCGGCGAGGAGAUGGUCGCCGCCGCGCUGUACGCGUUGCUCAAUUUGGGGAUCGGCAACGACACGAACAAGGCGGCGAUCGUGCAGGCCGGCGCCGUGCACAAGAUGCUCCGCAUCGCGGAGGGCGCGUCCGGCGUCUUGACGGAGGCGCUCGUCGCCAACUUCCUCUGCCUCAGCGCGCUCGACGCGAACAAGCCCAUCAUCGGCGCGUCGGGCGCCGCCCCCUUCCUCGUCCGCGCGUUCGAGGCGGCGCCGACGACGGAGCAGGCGCGACACGACGCCCUGCGCGCGCUCCUGAACCUCUCCAUCGCGCCGGCGAACGCGCCGCACCUGCUGUCCGCGGGGCUGGCGCCGUCGCUCGUCGCCGCCGUGGGCGACGCGCCCGCGGCGGCGGACCGCGCGCUCGCCGCGCUCUGCAACCUCGUGGCCGCCUGCCCCGAGGGCCGCCGCGCGGUGAGCCGCGCCCCCGACGCGGUCCCGGCCUUCGUCGACGUGCUCAACUGGUCCGACGAGCCCGGGUGCCAGGAGAAGGCGGCGUACAUCCUCAUGGUCCUCGCCCACCGGAGCUACGCCGACCGCGCCGCCAUGGCGGAGGCCGGCGCCACCUCGGCGCUCCUCGAGCUCACCCUCGUCGGCACCGCGCUGGCGCAGAAGCGCGCGUCGAGGAUCCUCGAGAUCCUCCGGGCCGACAAGGGCAAGCAGGUUGCCGACGCCGCCGGCAUCGUCGCGACAAUGUCGGCCCCGCAGGAGCGCGGCGGCGGCGGCGGCGCGCGCCAAGAAGAGGCCGACGAGGCCGGCAUGAGCAACGAGAAGCGCGCCGUGCGGCAGCUGGUGCAGCAGAGCCUCCAGAGCAACAUGCGCCGCAUCGUGCGCCGCGCCCGCCUCCCGCAGGACCUCGCGCCGCCGUCGUCGGAGAACCUCAAGGCCCUCACCGCCUCCUCCACCUCCAAGAGCCUACCCUUCUGAAGCCCACCACCGCAAACAAAACACAGCAGAGGGAGUGAUGGGGAGGAGACUUUGGAAGAAGCUUUUGCUAGGUGCAUCCGUUGCCAUUGCAUGCAUUGGAGACCGGGAAUCUUUCUGGGCGCCAGUGGAAGCUGUGAUGAGAAGAGAUGGGCCAAAUCUUGUUUAUGCAGCAGCUGCUCUCUCCUUUUCUCGUGCCUGCUAAUGGAGCCCACGUGCUUGGAUGAUGCAGUCGUCGUCGCCGUCGACAGAGAGGGGCUCGAGCCUGAGAUCAAUGUUGUUCCCUUCCCCUAAUCGCUUUCGUUUUUUUGUUAAUUGCUUUGGUUUUGUUCUCCCUUUUGUAUAUGGAGUAGCUCUAAUAGCAUUAGUCAUACUACACCUAUUGGUCAGUGGACUCAGUGUUGUCAGUUGUGUUUGUUCUUUAGGUGUGCAUGCACAUGAUUUUCAUUGGAGAGUGUAUUAGGGUAGAGAGAGAAGAUUUAAUUAGAGUAGAAAAUUUAAAGGAUGUAGAAUUUUAUAUGUCUAUGUUGGUUCUUUCAUCGUCAUUUCA